AUGACCUCCUCGGCCCCCUACGCCAAAGAGCUCCAGCUCGCCAGCCUAGCCGUGCAACGAGCAGCAAUCUUAACAAAAGAGCUCCUCUCUGCCGUCGACAAAGGCGCCCUUGACAAAAGCGACUCAUCGCCCGUGACAAUUGCCGACUUUGCUGCCCAAGCUUCAAUAAUCGCAGCCAUCCACAACGCCUUUCCCGACGACGACAUCGUCGGCGAAGAAGACGCUACAGCCCUCCGCUCAAACCCAGACCUCCUCGCAAGAACCUGGGACCUGGCAACUAGCGUCCAUCUCGAUGAUCCAGAAAGCGAAGCCCUCCUUUACACCCCACGCACCCCCUCUGAGCUCCUCGACCUGAUCGACCUCGGCGCGAAAGGCGCCUGCACCCCCACCAGCAGAACCUGGACUCUAGACCCCGUGGAUGGAACAGCAACAUUCAUCCGCGGUGAACAGUACGCAGUCUGCCUCUCACUAGUCGAAAAUGGGAUCCAAAAAAUUGGCGUCCUCGGCUGCCCCAACCUCUUGGAGUCAGGACCUGUCGCCGAACACCGCGUCGACCGCAAUGGUCUCGGCCAGAUGAUCUCAGCCGUUGCCGGGCAGGGUGCUACCAUCAGACCUAUGGGUCCGGGCGCUUUGUUGCCAGCACGCCCGCUUGAACAUGUCCCGCAAGUUGGAGAUUCCGACGUGCGGUUCAUUGAUACGCGUGCAGCAAAGACGCAGGAUCUCGAGGCUCAUGCCCGUGUGGCGGCGAGUCUUGGCUGUGCGUGGCCGAACCCGGUGGAUUUGUGGUCGGCUCAGAUGCGUUAUGUUGCUAUUGCGGUGCAGGGAGGGUGUAAUGCUUUCGUCAAGGUGCCGCUGAGUCCGGAUUAUCGCUCGAAGAUCUGGGAUCAUGCGGGUGGCAUGCUCAUUGUGCAGGAAUUGGGUUGCCUCGUUACGGAUCUUGAGGGGAACCCAGUUGAUUGUGCACUCGGCCGUACUUUGGCUGGGUGCUAUGGCAUGGUUGUUGGGCCGGCUUCGGUUCAUGGGAGGAUUUUGGAGGCUGUGAAGGAAGCGCGGGGAUUGUAA